UGAUCUCACCCGCAACAAGCUGCCUUCAGAUUUGUUCAGAACCUUCUCACCAGAUUGAAUAGCCUUUCACAUAUUGCAGGCUGCUUCCCAAGCUAAACUAGUCAAGAUGAUGAUCAAAGUAGCUCUUGUGCUCUGUGCUAUUGUGGCAACCAGUAUAGUGUGCGCCAAGGAUUUUGAAGAGCAAGAUGCAUUGGACACCUUGUUGAAUCUGAUGCUCUCGGAGGAGGCUGCAUCUCCUGAUGACGCUGUGGCCUUGCAGAGCUGGUUCCACCACCAUCAUAUACAUCAUCAUUAUCAUCAUUUCAUACACCAUUAUGGCCUCCAUGUUGCACGGAACGUAUGCAGGGGGUUUGCUCAUUCUCCAGAAGAAGCUCGUGCUAAACUUCUGGCUGCGAUCCCAGAGAUGAAAGAAGAGGAUCUCAGCGAAGAGUAUCUUCGAUCGAUCUGUGCUGGUCACUACUUUGGCCGUUAGACUCGGAAGGGACCAUGAGGCAACAUCCGAGACACUUGAUGUUGAUUCUUCCUGAAGAAACAAUGAAAUAAAAGCAAGAAAUUGUCACCUUCCAUCGUGUUUUUGCAACUUCCUAAUAUAAUUAGAAUCUUCGUUAUCCCUCCUGUAUUGUUUAAUCCCUUAAACCUUGUUAAUCCUCUAAAAUGAAAUGAUGGUGAGUGGUUUUCAUUAUUAAUACAUAUUUUGCCUUUACUUCCAUGUAUCCAUUCAUUAUACAUCUUUCCAAGGUGUAUACAAAUAUGUAGGGUUACAAGUAUAACCAUUCUUAAAAUCUAGCGUAAUAAUAUACAUCUUUUCAUCAUAAGCUUCAAGUUAAAAAUAUUCUCCCGGUUUUGCUUUUUUCGCCCUAAAAAACAAUAAGACAUUGUAAGCAUGGUAUUAGGGGAAUAACUAAUAGUAUUAGAAAUAAUGCCGAUAAUAAAAUCACAUGAACAUGACAAACA